AUAUAACCGUCCGUUACCUCUCUAAUCUACAAUUCAACAGACUAGAGAUAAACAUCUCAUCUGGUUCACUUCUCCUGAACUCUGCAAACGACAAUAAACAAGUGUUUACAAUGAAUCAGGAAACACUCUCCCUCCAACCCUCCUCCCCCCUACCCCUCCCGGAGCCCCCUGGUCAUACCUCUCCUGGUAACACCUUACUGCUGGGUCUGAAGAGGUUGUCUGUGCGGCUGGUCGACUGCAGGAAAACACCGGAGCUAAGGGACAGUCCUAACCGUCACUCUCUCAGAAGAAGGGAUUUGUCAUCUGGGGAGGCUAAACAACAUCAUGAUAAUGAGGAGGCAGAGAAAAGUCUCUCAAGAUCAGAACACCAAGAGAAACAACAGCAGAGACCCUCAAGGAAGAAAUCUCACUGCUGCUCUGACUGUGGGAAGAGGUUUACCUCUUCAGCAAACCUUAGACAACACCAGAUAAUUCAUACUGGAGAGAAACCUUAUAGCUGUGAUCAAUGUGGGAAGAGAUUCAAUCAGAGAUUCAAUCUGAAGUCACACCAGAUCAUACACUCAGUAGAAAAACCUCACUACUGCUCCCAGUGUGGAGCUAGCCUCUCCUCUGCCAGGGCACUAGAAGGACACAUGCGGAUUCACACUGGAAGCUUUUCCUCUUCUAAAUUACUCAGAAAACACCAGAGGAUUCACACAGGUGAGAAACCACACAGCUCAAUGUUUGCCAGAGGAGAUUUGGACGGUCGGAUCACCUGAAAAUUCACAUGCAAAUUCACACAGGAGAAUAGCCAUACCACUGCUCUAAGUGCGAGCUGAGUUUCACAAACAACAGAUCUCUGAAAGAACAUGAGGUCAGACACA